AUGCCAGAGGAUUUCUGGAUCAAUGCACGGAAGAAAGGGAUUGUAGUUUUUGCUCUACCAGGGGAGCCUGGUCUGGCUGAGUUAGUGGGGGAUUUCAAAAUCCAUUUCCAUGAUACUCAAGGAGAUUUCUAUUGCUGCUUAAAUACAAUGACAGAUAACAGAAAAAUCUUAACCGCAGAUGACCUCGAUGGUUUUGACAAGAGAAAAUUACCCUCUCCAGGAUUUCAGGUUGAAGUUUUGAUGAUAGACUAUGAUGGUACAUUACCUACAAAAGCUAAAGCAGAUUCUUCCAGUAGAAAACCUGAGGGUAGCUCAAGUGAUGCCUCUGCUUCAAGUCAUCGUGUUGCAGCUAAUCCCAAUCAAAAUAAAACUCCUCACCGUGAAGAUAGUGAUGAUGUAUUUUCAGAUAGUGACGGAGAGGAGGCUGGGGAUACAAAGAGCACACAAGCGCACGGUAAUUCUAGCGCCGGACUCCCAGCACCUAAUCAUGUAUCUAACACCAGAAGGGAGGAUACCCCCAAGAGUAGUUCUUCGAAAAAACCAACUUGCGAUGGAGCUGACAAAUCUCACCUGGUCCAUCACUUCCCGCAAGCUGAGCUUAUCUGGGGCAGAGGAUACUAG